AUGUCACUCUACUACGAGGCCGCGUCGAUCUUGACCAACGCAGACAGCACAGGAGGAUCCUUGAAGUCGAGGAUCUUCAACAAGAAAGAUCUCAAAAGUAAGCCCGCUCAGGUAUUUGCGCUGGUCACAGAGGCGUCAAAAUGGUCCGGAGUUUUGAAGGAUGUGGUUGAAAAGAGUGGGCUGCUGAAGGAGGAGAGAAAGCUUACUCCUGUCCUUGCCCUUCUCUUAACCCACGAUCUUCUCCUCUCCAAAGGCGGAGUAGCAGCUCCUGCCAACCAUGUCCUCAAGCUCGCGAUCACUCGACACAAGGCUAGACUAAAUGCGGAACUUGUAAAAUUGAGGAUAAAGCGCGGCUGCGGUAGCUUGGAACAAUUGCGAGAACAAGUCAAUUCGGGCGGAGAUGAGACCACGACAGCCCCCAAUGGCUCACCCGCGGAGUCAAUCCAGCACCCACGAUGGGUGCGGAUAAACGCAUUAAGGACCAGCCUCGACACCCAACUUUCAACUACCUUUGUGGGGUACAACAAAGCAGAUGACCUUGCUCCCGUUCUCUCCGCGUCCGGCUCGUCGAAGCUCCUAUAUCUCGAUCCUCACAUACCGAAUCUAAUCGCGCUACCACCAAGAGCUGACUUCGCGAAAUCACCAGCUUACCUUGCAGGUCAGAUCAUCUUCCAAGACAAGGCAUCGUGUUUCCCGGCCUACCUCCUCGAUGUCCAGCCCGAGGAUGAAGACAUCAUAGAUGCGUGCGCGGCGCCUGGCAAUAAGACAACCCACCUGAGCGCCAUCUUGUCCGAGCGAGUAGACUCUGGUAUGCCUAAGGGACGGGCACCGAAAAUCUUUGCCUAUGAGAAAGACAAGAGACGCUCAAUAAUAUUGGACAAGAUGGUCAAAAUAGCUGGAGCGGACAAGAACGUCCGCGUUAAGGUCGCCAAAGAUUUUCUUGCUACGAAGCCAGAUUCGUUAGAGAUGGAACAUGUCCGCGCCCUUCUCCUUGACCCAAGCUGCUCAGGCAGUGGGAUCGUCGGGCGAGAUGACAGUGUUAAGGUAUAUCUGCCAGAUCCCAAAUCCGCAGAAGCGACGAAUACAUUGAGCCGCAAGAGCAAGAAGCGCAAACGCCCGAAAGCGGGUGUCGAGACACCCGAAACGCCGGCAACACCCCUCGAAGUCGAAGAAUCUGCUCCGGAGAUUGCAGCGCAAGACGGUACCGAACUCAAAGACCGCCUCAAGGCGCUUUCGACUUUUCAAUUACACCUUCUUACCCACGCCAUGCGCUUUCCCAAUGCCCGGAAAAUCACUUACUCGACUUGCUCGAUACAUUUCGAAGAGAACGAGGGUGUCGUUUUCGGUGCCCUCACGUCACCAAUUGCAAAGGAGCGUGGAUGGAAGAUCUUGCUUAGAGAUGAACAGGUAGAUGGAAUGAGGAAGUGGGAGAAGAGAGGGAUCUGGGAGGAAGAUAAGUUUGAUGGAGGCUUUUCAAAGGAGAAAUGGAAAGCAGAUGUGCUCGAUGGUUGCAUUCGGUGUGAAAAAGGAACUGAAGAAGGGACUAUGGGCUUCUUUGCUGCGGCACUCGUGAGAGACUCAACAUUUGAGGCUGCCGAACCCGCUUCGGAGGUGAUUGAGGAGAAUGGGGAGGAGGAAGAAUGGUCAGGGUUCAGCGAUGAUGAUACUGGCCCCUCUGAACUUGCUACUGUCCAAGCACCAGCUUCUACCAAGGUGAAGAAGCUAAAACAUAAGAGGUAAUACGCUUGACACAAUUAAAGGCGCCGGUUGACAGCUAUGGACUCAGUUGGUACCAACUUACUGAGCACUUAUAUGGAAGCACCCUGAGACAAUUAUCCGAAUACUCGCUACCUCGAAUGCUAAGUGCAAAUUCUGAAGUUCCUGCUACUGGUCUUAUAUCAACCUAUCCACGAUCCGUUCUCCAUCUUUUGUCGGUGGUCUUAUUUCCAGCCCAAAAUCCUUGUCCUUUGACAUAGACCAAAUCUGCACCUCCAGUCAAAGACCUGCAAUAGAAUCAGACGGCUGCCUAUGGACGCCACUUUAACGUAUUUCGAACUCAAGACCUUUUCGCUAAGACUUACUCU